UGGUGCACCGUAGUGGCCGUAGGUGCGUGAUAUUGUCCAACUCUGGUUUUAUAUUCUCGCAACUUUAACCGUAGGCUACUAAGUUUGGAAGGGUGUAUGCGCAAAGUUCAACGUGUCUCCGUUGCGAUUCCACACUCCAAAUGGCUUGGAUUAUUCCCCCGCAUCUGCACGGGACUGGCGCUGCUUUUGUCCUGCUUGCGGUGAUUCUGACAGGUGAUGCAGUCGCGCAGGUCUUUGACAGCUAUGGAUUAUCGUACGCCUUGAGGUCCGAGCUGUCAGAGGACACGAUAUUGGUUGCCAAUAAUGGGAUCCGCGUGCCUUUCGGGAGAUCAGUCUUCAUUGAUCCCAUCAACGAUUUGGUUAUCCAAGUUCAGCCCGGCGAUAGAUGCAGCAUAACGGUCCUGGACAAUGAUCCCUUGUCUCAAAGGCCUGGACACCUGUCUCCGAAAAAGUUUCCGUGUGAAUUUGGCCCCAACGACGUGAAGUAUUCUCACUUUGGCUCCAGGAGUCCUCCGAGGGAUAGAGUGAGACUACAACUCAGGUACGACACCCAAACGGAUACCGUUAUAAUCCCGUUUAUGAUGGAGGUGAAAGUCAUCUUCACACAGCUCGAAGUGCUGACCAAAAACAUGCCACUCACUGUCGAGAAACUGCUCGGCACAAGUAACCCCAUCGAUAGAAGAAUUUUAGAAUUCACUUAUGAUAAUAGCGUACAUCAAUGCAAAAUCGCCUCUCUGUCCAGUGGCAGCGUGCUGCCCAGGUAUGGGAAACUUGUGGAUGGGGACAGCCUUGGAACAAUGGUAGACUGUGAUGAGUUUAUUAAAAUGGACAUCCGCUAUCAGCACACUUUUGCUUUGAAGUCCCCAAACCGAGAUUACAUUCCAAUGCUUGUGGAGUUGCAUGAUAAGGAAGGCAAUUUGCUCAAGCAGGAGUUUUUCCAAAUUCUAGUGAGGAUUAAAGAUGGAGAGGAGAACACAGCUCCCAAACCCAGCUUUGUUGCAAUGAUGAUGAUGGAAGUAGACCAGUUUGUAAUGACAGCGAUAACCGUGGACAUGCUGGCUGCCGAGGAUGUUGAGUCUAAUCCUGACGAAUUAAUUUUCAACAUCACAUCCACCCUGUCCUUUGAGGAGGGCUACAUAGUGAGCACAGAUGAUAGGAAUUUACCAAUAACCUCAUUUUACCAAGGAGACCUCAAAGACUUGAAAAUUGCCUACAAGCCCCCUGCUGUGGAUUCAGACACUGAGCGGAUUUUCCAGAUUGAGUUUGAGGUUGUGGACACAGAGGGGGCUGUGUCAGACCUUUUUGCUUUCAUGAUUGUUGUUAAGCCUAUGAACACCUUGGCCCCUGUGGUGACUAGAAACACUGGCCAGUUACUGUACGAGGGUCAGUCCAGGCCUCUGUCCAGCUCACAGAAUCUGGAAAUCAGCGACGAGGACAGUUUAGACAAAGUCAAAAUCACAGUUAUCGAUGGGCUGAGGCAUGGAGAAUUAAGUGUUCUGGGUUUGAGGAGGAAAUUUUUCACUCCGGCUGACCUCGACGCCGGAGCAGUCAUUUAUCAGCAUGAUGGCAGCGACACAUACAGUGAUAAUAUUAUUUUCAGAAUGACAGACGGCACAAAUGAGGUGGAGUUUCUGUUUCCCAUCACUGUUGUGCCAACUGACGACGAGCCUCCCAUAAUCAACGCCAACACUGGUUUGAUUUUAUUCAAAAACCAAAUGAUGCCAAUCUCCUCACUCAUGCUCAGUGCAGCAGACAUUGACUCAGAGGAUUCUUCAAUAAAAUUCACAAUAGAGCUUCCAUUUUCCACGAUUGGGCAGGUGUUGCUGCGUCAGUCUGAGGCCCCAGAGGACCCGUCGACCUGGAAGUUUAAUACAGAGGAUGAAUUGUAUGAGAAAGCAGUGACUGAAUGGCUGCAGCAGGAUAUUACAGAUGGCAAACUGUUUUACAAGCACAUUGGGCCUCACAGCGUCAGCACAGUCAUGGAUCAGUUUGUGUUUCGAGUUCAGGAUGACAACGACCCACCAAACCAAUCAGGUGAGAGCUCGUUCAUUAUCAAAAUUCUCCCUGUUGACGACGUCCCUCCUGAACUGUACCCUGACACGACUCUGCAAAUGACUGUGCACGAGUAUCAGCUUACGUACUUCCGAAAGAAAUUCCUGCGUUAUACUGACCUGGACUCAGAGGAUCGGGAUCUCAAAUACACAAUCAUCCAGCCACCGACGGAUACAGAUGAGAAUAGCCCCGUUGUAUUGGGAGCUCUGGUAUUAACUGAAAAGCCGAACGCUGAAGUCAGAGUUUUCACUCAGGCGCAAAUUAACCACCAUAAAAUAGCUUACAAACCUCCUGAUCUAGAGCUAGGAAUUACCAGUCAUGUUUUGCAGUUCCGGUACACUGUGGAGGAUGUUUCUGGAAAUAUUGUAGAAGGAGUUUUUACUAUAUUUUUAAAGCCUGUAGACAACAAGCCGCCUCAAAUAACCAACUCUGGAUUUACUGUGCUUGAACGCGGCACGCAUAUCAUUACAAGUGCUGAGCUGGACACCUCAGACACAGACACAGACAACAAACAGAUAUCCUUCACUAUUACCCAGCCUCCACUGCAUGGCCAGAUCCAGUUCACAUUCACUGAAAUGACAAGAGGAGACACUUUCAGCCUCGAGGAUAUUGGAAAUGGCAGAAUGUCAUACAUCCAUAAUGGAGAUGAAUCAACGGUUGAUUCAAUACAAAUAGAUGUCAGCGAUGGCGUCCACAUUGUCCCAAUUACUAUAAAGAUUACAGUGAAGCCAAUUGAUGAUGAGACUCCAACUAUCAGUCUCCCAGCUGGCACAAUUGGCUCCUACAUAGAUGUACUGGAAAAUGGAGCAACAGAAAUCACAAGUAAUGUCAUUCAGGGAAGAGAUGAGGACACGGAUGACCUCCGAUUGACGUUCAUUGUGGAGGACCCACCAUCAUUAGGUGUCAUUCUGGUGAAAGGUGUCCAAUCUGGCACAUUCACCCAAGCUGAUAUCAUUAACGGCUUUGUGGUCUAUGCUCAUACCAGCGGGGAGAUAGGUUUGACCACAAAGGAGGACUUUUUUAAUCUCACAUUGACGGACAUGUCUGAUGAGUGGACUGUAGGGGGAAAUAAGAUCACAGGUGUCAGAGUGCAUGUAACUAUUCUUCCCCUGGACAGCCAGGCUCCAGAGGUCUUUGUGGGUCCUCAGUUCACUGUUAUUGAGGGAGAGAAGAAUGUCAUUCAAAUUCUUCAUAUAAGCGCUGAUGAUGCAGACACCUCCAACGAUGACCUCCUUUGUACAAUCAUUGUACAGCCGACUUCAGGGUACGUGGAAAAUAUCUCCCCUGCCCCCGGCUCAGAGAAAUCCAGGUCCGGGACAGCUAUUAGCGCUUUGACCAUCAAGGACAUCAGACAGAAUCACAUUAACUACGUUCAAAGCAUUCACAGAGGAGUCGAGCCAGUGGAGGACAGGUUUACGUUCAGAUGCUCUGAUGGCAUCAAUUUCUCUGAAAGGCACUUUUUCCCUAUCUCCAUAAUCCCCUCUAAUGAUGAAAAGCCUGAGAUUUACAUGAGAGAGUUUGUAGUUAUGGAGGGCAUGAACAUAGUCAUAGACACUCCCAUUCUGAAUGGCGCUGAUGCAGAUCUCCCCUCUGAUCAGCUCACAUUCAUUAUUACCAAACCCCCCAAGCACGGAUUUAUUCUCAAUCAGCUCACUACCGGCACUAUCCCCGUCUCAAACUUCACCUUGGAUCAGAUCAGAGAGGCCUCCAGCAUUGUUUAUGAGCACGAUGACUCAGAGAGCACAGAGGACAGCUUUGAUAUUGUUCUCACCGACGGAAAGUUCAGUGUAGAGAAAACGGUAAUAGUUAUGAUUAUCCCUGUGGACGACGAGACACCGAGGAUGGCAAUCAAUGACGGCCUUGAAAUUGAGAUAGGUGACGUGAAAGUCAUAAACAGCGAUGUUUUAAAAGCCACGGAUCUGGACUCAGAGGAUGACACGUUAACUUAUAUUAUCCGCUAUGGGCCUGGUCAGGGAUAUUUACAGAGGGCAACACCCUCUGGGACUUUACAAAACAUCACAGUUGGAAUGAACUUUACACAAAGCGAAGUGGAUCAGGGUUUAAUUGUGUACACCCAUAACGGGCAAGAGGGGAUUCGAGACCUCAUCAAAUUUGAUGUGACAGAUGGCAUCAACCCUUUGAUUGACAGAUACUUCUACGUGACAGUGGGUGGCAUCGACAUGGUUUUCCCAGACGUGAUCAGUAAAGGUGUCUCCCUUAAAGAGGGUGGCAGGGUUACUCUGACAACAGACCUGCUCAGCACCAGCGACCUCAACAGCCCAGACGAACACUUGGUUUUUACAAUCACCAGAGCUCCCACGAGAGGACACCUGGAGUGCACAGACACACCUGGGAUGCCCAUCUCGUCCUUCACACAGCUCCAGCUGGCUGGCAACAAAGUCUACUACAUCCACACUUCCGAUGACGAAGUGAAAAUGGAUAGCUUUGAAUUUGAAGUGACCGACGGCUACAACCCUGUGUUCCGCACUUUCCGCAUCUCCAUCACGGACGUGGACAAUAAAAAGCCUGUAGUGACAAUACACGGCCUGGUGGUAACCGAAGGAGAGAACAAACUCAUCACGCCUUUUGAGCUAACAGUGGAGGACAGAGACACUAUCGACCGCCUCUUAAAGUUCACAGUCACUCAAAUCCCAGUUCAUGGUCGCCUCCUCUUUAACAACAGCCGGCCUGUCACCUCCUUCACAAAGCAGGACCUGAAUGAGAACAUGAUCAGCUACAAGCAUGACGGCACAGAGAGUGCAGAGGACAGCUUCUCUUUCACCGUCACUGAUGGCACUCACACAGACUUCUACAUCUUCCCCGACACAGUAUUCGAGACCCGAAAGCCCCAAAUGAUGAAGAUUACUGUCCUCCCGGUGGAUAAUGGGGUGCCCCAGAUUGUGAUGAACAAGGGGGCCCCGACAUUGCGGGUUCUAGAGACUGGUCACCUGGGGUUUGUGAUUACCAGUAAGACCCUUAAAGCAGAGGACAGAGACAGCGUUCAGAAUUCCGUGGCCUUUAGGAUCACUGGUGCCCCAGAACAUGGCUACCUGAUCAACCUUGGCAAAGGAAACGCCACUAUCACCACCUUCACACAAGCUGAAAUUGACGACAUGAACAUAUGCUAUGUUCUGAGGGAUGGUGACAAUGCUACAAAUGACAUCUUCUAUUUCUCCAUUGAGGACAGUGGAGGCAACCAACUGAAGAACCAGCAGUUCCGUCUGAACUGGGCUUGGAUCUCUUUAGAGAAGCAACGCUACGUGGUGGACGAAGAGGUCAAGUUCCUGGAGGUGGUGCUGAAACGGCGAGGCUACCUGGGGGAGACCUCCUUCGUUAGUAUAGGCACAACGGAUGGCACUGCAGAAAAGGACAAAGAUUUCCAGGGGAAAUCUCAGAAACAGGUGCAGUUCAACCCGGGCCAGACCAAGGCCACCUGGAAGGUCCGGAUCCUGUCAGAUAGCGAGUAUGAAGUGUCCGAGACCUUCCAGAUCGUUCUGUCUGAACCGGUGAUGGCAGCCCUGGAAUUCCCACAGUUCGCUACUGUGGAGAUCCUGGACCCUGACGAUGAGUCAACAGUGUUCAUACCCUCAGCUGCAUACAACAUAGAGGAGGACAUUGGUGAGCUGCUUAUCCCAGUGCACAGGAGUGGAGAUGCCAGUCAGGAGCUCAUGGUCAUCUGCUACACUCAGCAAGUUUCGGCCACAGGCACGGUCCCCACCACGGUGCUGUCCUACUCUGAUUACAUCUCCAGGCCUGAGGACCAUCGCAGCAUCCUGCGCUUUGACAAGGGAGAGGUAGAGAAAUCCUGCCGGGUUGUGAUCAUUGAUGACUCCCUGUAUGAAGACGAGGAAAGCUUCAAUGUCACCCUCAGCAUGCCCAUGGGGGGCCGUCUGGGCUUAGAGUUCCCCGCAGCUAGAAUCACAAUCAUUCCCGAUAUGGAAGACGCUCCCAUCUUCUACUUUGGCAACACUCACUACCACGUGGAUGAGAGCGAUGGCUUCGUGGAGGUGCAGGUAUGGAGGACGGGGACCGAUCUUUCCAAAGGUGGAACCGUCACAGUGCGCUCCAGAAAGACAGAUCCUGUCUCGGCGGAGGCUGGCGUGGAUUAUGUUGGGAUCAGUCGGAAUCUGGACUUCGCACCGGGGGUCACCAUGCAGACGUUUCGUGUGACCAUCCUGGAUGACCUGGGCCAGCCGGUGCUGGAGGGGCCGGAGAAGUUUGAACUGGUACUCCGGAUGCCUAUGAACGGGAUCCUCGGGGAGCCGAGCAAGACUACCAUCCUCAUCAAUGACUCCGUUUCAGACUUGCCAAAGGUGCAGUUCCGUGAUGCUGUGUAUGUGGGCGAUGAGAACGCAGGGCAGAUCUCAGCUACUGUAUACCGUAGUGGAGAUAUCAGCUACAAGUCCACGGUACGCUGUUACAGUCGGCAGGGGACGGCCCAGGUCAUGAUGGACUUCAAUGAGAGGCCCAACACAGAUGGUUCCAUCAUCACCUUCUUACCAGGAGAGAUUGAAAAGCCUUGUGUACUGGUACUAGUUGAUGACACAGAACACGAGGAAGAAGAAGAGCUCCGUCUUGUGUUGGGAAGCCCCAAGAGUGAAUCUCCGUUUGGAGCAUCUAUUGGAAGGCAGAAUGAAACGCUCAUCAAGAUAAAAGACGAUGCAGACAAGGCGAUUAUUAGAUUCGGAGAGACCAAAUUCAGCGUGAAUGAGCCAAAGAACAGCGGCCAAGUGUCUGUGGUGAAGAUCCCAGUGCUGCGUGUUGGAGACACCUCCAAGGUCUCGGUUGUCCGAGUUCACACCAAGGACGGAUCUGCUACCUCUGGGGAGGACUACCAUCCCGUAUCUGAGGAAAUUGUGUUCAAAGAGGGAGACACAGAGCACUAUGUGGACGUGGAGAUUUUAUACGACAGUGCCAGAGAAAUGAGGGAGGCGUUCACUGUGCACCUGAAGCCUGAUGAAAACAUGGUGGCAGAGACAAAGAUGAGCAAAGCCAUAAUCUACAUUGAGGAGACCAACAGCAUGGCGGAUGUCACCUUCCCCUCUGUGCCCAGGGUGGUGUCUCUGCUGCACUACGAUGACAUCGACAGGACUGCCAACUCUCUCCCUGUGGCCGGAUACCCUGUCAUUUGUGUCACUGCCUGUAACCCCAAAUACCCAGACUAUGACAAAACAGGCUCCAUCUGUGUAAGCGAGAACAUCAACAACACCCUGACUCGUUAUCGUUGGCUCGUCAGCGCCCCCACCGGCCCCGAUGGAGUCACCAGCCCGAUGAGGGAAGUUGACUUUGAUACCUUCUUCACCUCCUCCAAGCUCAUCACUCUGGAUUCAGUCUACUUUCAGGCUGGGUCCAGGAUCCAGUGUGCCGCCAGGGGCGUGAACACUAACGGGGAUGAGGGUCUGGAGCUCAGUAGCCCCAUAGUGUCCAUCAGCGUGGACGAGGGAAUGUGCCAGCCUCGUGUCGCAGGCACAGUGGGGGCCGAGCCCUUCUCCGCCAAGCUGCGGUACACUGGAACAGAAGACGCAGAUCACCCCAACCUCAUCAAACUAACCGUCACCAUGCCCCACAUUGAUGGUAUGUUGCCUGUAGUGUCCACCCGAGCCCUGUCCAACUUUGAGCUCACGCUGAGCCCCGACGGUACCCGUGUUGGCAACCAUCGCUGCUCCAAUUUGUUGGACUACGCCGAGGUCAAGACUCGCUACGGCUUCCUCACUGAAGCCACCAAAAAUCCGGAAGUGAUCGGCGAGACGGCCUCUUACCAAUACAGCACUUUCCUCAGGGGAUCCAGUACGCUACGGUUCUACAGAAACCUCAACUUGGAGGCGUGUUUGUGGGAAUUCACCAGCUACUACGACAUGUCUGAGCUGCUUAGUGACUGUGGAGGCACCAUUGGGACUGAUGGACAGGUGUUGAAUCUGGUCCAGUCCUAUGUGACCCUACGAGUCCCGCUCCACGUGUCCUAUGUCUUCCACUCCCCUGUGGGAGCAGGAGGAUGGCAGCACUUUGACUUACAGUCGGAGCUGAGGCUCACGUUUGUGUACGACACUGCCAUCUUAUGGAGGGAUGGUAUCGGUAGCCCUCCAGAGGCUGAGCUACAAGGUGCCAUGUACCCAACCAGCAUGCGUAUAAAUGGCCAGGGACGACUAGUAGUCAACUUCCGCACUGAGGCUCGAUUCAGAGGCCUGUUUGUGUUUGCUCAUGCAGCUUCACCACUCACCUCCAUGGUCAUGUGUCCGGACCACCCUGAGUUGACCUUUAACCUCAGUCUUGUGAGGAAUGAGCCAACCUACAACCAGCCCAUCCAGCAGUGGACAUUUGUCUCAGAUUUUGCUGUGCGCGACUACUCUGGCACGUACACAGUGAAGCUGGUCCCCUGCACAUCCCCGCCCAGCCUGGAGUACACCAUCCCUCCGGUGUGCAACCCCAGAGAGCCUCUUACCUUCGACAUGGACAUCCGCUUUCAGCAGGUUAGCGACCCCGUGGCGGCUGAGUUCAGUCUGAACACGCAGAUGAUCUUACUCUCUAAGCGGACGCUCUGGCUGUCAGACGGCUCCAUGGGCUUCGGACAGGAGAGUGACACGGCCUUCUCACAGGGGGAUACAAUUUACGGCCGAGUGAUGGUGGAUCCAGUGCAGAACUUGGGCGACUCCUUUAUGUGUAACAUAGAGAAAGUGUUUCUGUGUACUGGAGCUGAUGGAUAUGUCCCUAAAUACAACCCCAGCAACUUUGAGUUUGGCUGUCUGGCAGAUGCUCCAUCACUACUCUACAGAUUCAAGAUAAUUGACAAAGCCCAGCCAGAGACCCAGGCCCGGUCAUUUGGCAAUGUAGCUUUCAACGCCUUCCUGGCGGUGGAUGACCCCGGCGCGUUAGCCCUAGUGAGACAACCUGGGUCAGAUGGGUUCAGAAUUGAUUCCUCAGCUCUCUUCCAGGUGUCUGCAGGGAGAGAGUGGUACAUUCACACCAUCUACACUGUCCGUUCUCGAGACAACGCUAACCGUGGCAUAGGGAAGAGAAGCCUGGAGUACCACGUGAUGAGCCGGCACUCAAAUCUGCUUCCAAAGGGUCAACGUCGCAGCAGAAGAUCGGCCGACGACGUGCCAGACAUAAUAGAGGACAUCGGUCAGAGCAACAACCGCGGCACCAACAUCCUCCACAUCGCGCUGGACCGCAGCAGCCAGCAGAGGACCAGCCCAGAGAGGGAGAUCUCCACCAGAGGAAUCCUCCCCCGUGAGCUCAACCAGAGAGACAGCGGCGACGACAGACUAGUGUUGAUCAUCGGCGUCUUUGUCGGGCUGCUCCUGACGGUGCUCGUCGUCAUCGUGGUGGUGUUACUGGUCCGGUCCAAGCGAGAGAAGAAAGGCGUACCCAAGAGCUCCAGCAGCGCAGAGCCCAUGGUGACACAAGCCCUCAGUGACAGCUCCGAGGUCUAACAAACACACCGACCAUUGAGAUUCUUUAGUUAAUAUUUUAGUUUUGCAAGUGCCUCACAUUUAGAUAAAAAAAAAAAAACCAAGAAAAAAAACGAAGAUUGUGUGUG